AUGUACGGCAUUCCAUGUCUGUACCAGCAGCGCUUUCGCGACAUUCUUGACGACAUCUGCGAGACACUGUUAUCAACUGGAAUGGUGCCGUUGGACCCGCGACGCCUGCCUGCCUCUGCCUCCCUCUCCACGACGCUACCAUUAUCGCUAGACAUGAAACCUCCCACCUCCGCCGCCGCCCUCCGCUCCUCCGCCUCGACACCCUCACUGCGCUCUCGCGAUGGCACGCUGCCCCCGACCAUGAGGAUGGAUGCUGGUGGAAAUGUGAGGGUUGUGGUGCGGGUGAGGGCUUUCUUGCCCAGAGAGCUCUACCGCGGUGCCGACUGCCUGAUCAGCAUGGACCCGAUAACACAAAUGACAACACUGCACGUCCCAAACGACAGCGACCCGGCCAACGCCCGCGCCAAGAGCCGCAAGGUCAUCGAGGAGAAGUCGUUCACCUUCGACAACUCGUUCUGGAGCCACGACAUGGAGGACCGGCACUACGCGCACCAGGAGGACGUCUACAACAGCCUAGGCGAGGAGUUCCUCGACCACAACUUCGAGGGCUACCACACCUGCAUCUUCGCCUACGGCCAGACCGGCUCCGGCAAGUCGUACACCAUGAUGGGCACGCCCGACCACCCGGGCCUCAUCCCGCGCACCUGCGAGGACCUGUUCCAGCGCAUUGAGCAGGCCCAAAACGAGACACCAAAUAUCUCAUAUCACGUGCGAGCGUCCUAUUUCGAGGUCUACAACGAGCAUGUGCGCGACCUGCUCGUGCCCGUGAAUCCAAGCCAGGCGCCGUACUACCUGAAGAUCCGCGAGUCGCCAUCCGAAGGGCCGUACGUGAAAGAUCUGACGGAGGUGCCUGUCAGGAAUUAUGGGGAAAUCCUGCGAUACAUGAAGUCUGGAGAUGCGAGCCGCACGACAGCGAGUACCAAGAUGAACGACACAAGUAGUCGGAGUCAUGCUGUGUUUACAAUCAUGUUGAAACAGAUUCACCACGAUAUGGAGACGGAUGAGACGACAGAACGCAGCUCACGAAUCAGACUAGUGGAUCUGGCAGGAAGUGAGCGAGCCAAAUCUACCGAGGCAACAGGGGCGAGACUCCGGGAGGGAAGCAAUAUCAACAAGUCCCUGACAACACUUGGGCGUGUAAUUGCGGCUCUGGCCGGCCCAACACAACAGCGUGGCGGAAAGCGAAGCAAAGAUAUUGUCCCGUACCGAGACUCCAUCCUCACAUGGCUUCUGAAAGACUCCCUCGGCGGAAACAGCAAGACGGCCAUGAUCGCCUGCAUCGCGCCGUCCGACUACGAAGAGACACUGUCCACCCUGCGGUAUGCGGACCAGGCCAAGCGCAUCCGCACGCGGGCGGUGGUCAAUCAGGACCACGUCAGCACGGCGGAGCGCGACGCGCAGAUCGCGACCAUGGCCGAGGAGAUCCGCGUGCUGCAGCUGUCGGUAUCGGACUCGCGGCGGCGCGAGAAGGACGUGCGCGAGAGCGAGGAGAAGCUCGAGGAGUACCAGAACCACGUCAUCGCGAUGCAGCGGCUCAUGGAGGAGCGCAGCCUCGUGGCCGAGGGCAAGAUCCGCAGCCUGCAGACCGAGAACGAGGCCCUGCGGCUGCACCUCAAGCUCGCGCUCGACAGCCUCAAGAACCCGAUCCCCGAGGUCGCCGUGCAGAAGCCCAGGGCUGCUGUGGUGGAAGACGAUGGCGACGAUGAUGAUGGGGUGGUCGUCGGUGGUGGCGAUCCGGAGGCUGACAAGGAGAACGCGCCAGUGGACGGGGAUGCGGGCGGGAGAAAGAGCAAGCGGCAGAGCCUUGCGAGCCUCAUGGACGAGGCGUAUUACGACGACGAGGACGACGGGUACUCGUCCGAGGUGUACGAGGAGAAGGCGAGCGAUAUGCAGGACUACAUGCACGAGCUGCUCAGCGACCUGUCCAUGUUCCGGCGCAAGAUCGGCGAUGACAAGGAUCGGUUCUUGGACGAGACGCGGCGACAGCCUUUGGGGGAGAGGACCAACCGCUGA